AUGCCACCCGGGGCCGAGGGGGAGGCAGAGCUUCACUGGAGCAUCCGCCGGGAGACGAGAUGGGAAAAUGGCUCCGUGUCACUAUGGAAACGGGGCCGCCGGAUCCGGCUCCGCAGAGGGGGAGAAGCCCUGCGCCGGGAGGGCUACACCGUGCAGGUCAACGUCAACGACUACCUGGACAUCUACUGCCCGCACUACAACGCGUCGGUGGCCGAGCACCGGCUGGAGCAGUACGUGCUCUACAUGGUGAACGCGGAGGGCUACCGCACCUGCAACACCAGCCAGGGCUUCAAGCGCUGGGAGUGCAACCGGCCCCAUGCGCCCCACAGCCCCAUCAAGUUCUCGGAGAAGUUCCAGCGCUACAGCGCCUUCUCGCUGGGCUACGAGUUCCACGCGGGGCAGGAGUACUACUACAUCUCCACGCCGACGCACAACCACCGCCGGGCCUGCCUGAAGAUGAAGGUGUUCGUGUGCUGCGCGUCCACAGCUCACACCGGGGAGAAGCUGGCGCCCACCCUGCCCCAGCUCACGCUGCGGCCCGAGGUGAAGAUCGAGGAUUUGGCGGGUGACAGCAGCCAGCACCCACCCCGGCCGGCCAUGUCACCCGUGCGUGAGCUGGUGCCACGUAGCUCGGCCGUGGCACCGCGCACGGAUGCCUAG